CAUGAUAAUGUUCGGUUACAUUUACAUUUACACCUCUAUCUUCCAUGCAUAUGCACUCAUCAACCCAUGAAAGACCUCUCAUUCUUCCUCUUCAAGAACUCUCUUGCUGCCAAGAUGAAGAAAGGCUUCAGAAACUCUUGCAAUGGCGACGCCUCGACCUCUACUCUCAACCAACACCUCCCCGAGUCCUCUUGCGUCCUCACACCGUCUCUUGAGCUGAAUGCUACUUCUCCCCUUCCAUCUCAACGAUCGCCUACCUUGGAGGAGAUGAUUCUCCAGCUACAGUUGGAAGAGGAACUAGCGAAAGAAUCCAAGCUUCGCGGUAGAAUGUCAUGUGUUAACAAUUCUGAUAUUCUACGAUCUGCCAGGAAUGCAUUGAAUCAGUAUCCGCGAUUUUCUUUAGAUGGAAAGGAUGCAAUGUACAGGUCUUCAUUUCGAAACUUUAAUGGCCUCGAAAAGGGAAGGAAAUCAGUAUGCUGUGACCAGGGACUGAGAGAAAGGUUAUUUUAUGGCUCAAAUGGUGUUAAAUCAGAGAAAAGUAAACUGUUUUUGCCUGCAACUGUGGCAGGAGAAAGUGUAAUUUGGUGCAAACCUGGAGUGGUGGCAAAGCUGAUGGGGCUCGACGCGAUGCCCGUGCCAACAAAUAGCAAAGAGGGUAAAGAAGUAAGCUGUAUUAUAAGGAGGCAAAAUCUGAGAAGGAGGGCUGAAAGACAUGAAAUGGAGAGAAGAAUUGCCAUGAAUCAUCAUGGGAGGAUGGCUUCAUGUUCAAAGGCUGCAGCUGGGUACAGAGUUGUGAAGCCGGAAAAUCCUGGAGGCGGUUGGCCACCGAGGCGUUUUCUUUAGAU